UGCAUUAUUCAUCGAGCUCCCCUUCCCCGUCAGUUCUCCUAAACCAACUGCAAACCACCAAUUGGAGUGCGCUGGAGACCCCUCGGGGAGGUUUGCCACAAGUUCGACUGAAACUUCACGGGAGAGGUCACAGACACUCGAUGCACUUUCAGUUCAGUUUGAGGCGCUCGGAGGCCACAAGCAGCAUGAAAGUCCAGCCAACAGGCCUCGCCGUGACUUUGUGCAUUUUGCAAUGUUUGGUCUUUCUGCUGCCGGGCGUCUGUGAAGCUCGGUCGAAGGCAUCACGUGGAGUGGUGGUUCCUUUUGUUUUCGAUCCCAAAGCGAAGUGCGAUCCUCCGUGUCAGCAUGGGGGGCUAUGUAUCAGGAAUAACACUUGCUUCUGUUCCAAAGGAUACGAGGGUGACCUGUGUCAGUACGUGACUUGUUAUCCGAAGUGUAAGAACGGCGGAGAGUGUCUCCGUCCUGGGAAAUGCCGCUGUCCCCCUGGAGUUGGAGGGCGAUACUGUCACAAAGCUACUUGUGAAGGUGGUUGUCUCAAUGGUGGAGAGUGCAUCUCUGUUAACAGUGCUGUGAAGUGCCUAUGUUCCUCUGGCUGGAAGGGAUCGAGAUGUCAGGAAGCAAUCUGUCCCCAGGGAUGUCGGAAUGGGGGAAGCUGUUUGGCACCAGGUAUCUGUAAUUGCUUAGAUGGAUGGGUUGGUGGAGCCUGCCAUUUAGCGGUUUGUGACAACCCUUGCGUACAUGGAGGGAAAUGCAUUGCGCCUAAUUUGUGUCAGUGUCGUGGAUCCCACACUGGUCCUCAAUGCACACAGAAAAUAAAGUAAAUGAACAGCAUGUUCAUCAAAUGGAGACCUCUGUCACUGUUUCCUUUGGCCAAACCAUCCAUUAGAUUACUUCUCAGUAAUGACUGAAUAAUUGAGUUAAUAAUUGACAAAUAGGUGGAAAAAUAAUAUGGUUCAUUACCUUUAAUAUUCUUUACCAGCUGCUAAAUUGGCAGCACUUUUUAAAAUCUCUAUGUGUCGCGUCUACUUGGGUUUUUAACACAGUGAUUAUGUUAUUUUUGUUAUAAAAUAGUGCUAU